CAAUUUUCCCAGCACAAAAAUGGUACAAUCUGCCCUCAUUAGAAAACCUUCACCAAUGGCUCCCCCCUCCCUCCAUCUGGCAGGUACCACUCGUUGCCGAGGGGGUGAUCCUAUCCAUCCACCACAAAUCUAGUGCUCUUAUUGUGGCAGAAUUGCAGUGUGCUGGGCUGUACAGAUCAGGGUACCAUCCAGGCUUUCGUCUGUGAGGGGUGGGGUCCGGCUACACUGAUACCACCAAACGGAAGCUUACAGAGGGUCACGGAGAGGCAGAAAAAGAGAGGAAAUCACAGAGAAGAGGGGGGAAGACUGCAUCUGAAGAGGACUAUAAUACGGGAUGAAAGGAGACACCCCAGUGAACAGUACAAUGAGUGUCGGUCAAGCCAGGAAGCUGGUGGAGCAACUGAAGAUAGAGGCUAGUUUCUGUCGGAUAAAGGUAUCAAAGGCGGCAGCCGACCUGAUGGCGUACUGCGACGCACACUCCUGCGACGACCCCCUGAUCAGCCCCGUGCCCACCUCAGAGAACCCUUUCAGGGAGAAGAAAUUCUUCUGCGCUCUGCUUUGAGCUCAAACAGGGAUUGUUGCGAUUAACAGUACAACUGUACAGUAUGUACAUGUAUGUACAGUGUGUACAUGUACUUGUGAUCUAAAUAAGACAUGUACUAUAGUAACCUUGCAUAAAAGCUGCCGAUGUACAGUACACAACCAUCUACUAAAUUCUUGAACGGCUAACGACAGUCUCAGUCCUUCAAUCCUUCAAUCAAUAAAGAAUCAGAAUCCUCAUCACCAAAAGAAAAGGAAGGACGUCUUAAGAAAUUUAAGAAACGGCUAUCAUGUAGUUGAAAACACAUUUAAUGCUCAUACAUAUUACAGGUACCUGCCAAAAAGGAAACAGUCUGGGCAUCAGGUGUCUUAACAAGCUCAAACAGUCACAGGAAGAGACACAUAUUAUGGAUUCUACAGCAUUUGACACUUAAGUGGGAGGCUAAAUUCCCACAUUAGGGUUUUGGAUUAUGGUGGUGCUACAUGUCUCAGAUGCUACUCCGAUAGGUCAGGGCUAGGUUUUCCCCAUAGAAAUUUUCCAUACAUUUGAGACCUGAUAACGAAGGAAAAAAAGACAAGCCUGUUAGGUAAUUAAGUAUGCCCUCUCCCAUGUGGCGAUUUUGUGCAGAUGGAGGUAAAGAGCUUUUUAAGAUUACACAUGCUUUACUUACAGGUCCAGGUCUUCAUUCAGUGUUCUUUCUCCAUUAGGAUUUAGAUUGUCCUUUACAGUACAUUCCAUCUAUUGACAAUAUAUUUUGUAUUCCUCAUUCACGUUCCUUUGUUUGGGCAGUUACUUGUAUCUAGCAAGGACAGCAGCUGUUAAUAAGUGGAUUAUAUAAAUGUAAUCAAUUGGUUUCAAGGGUGUAUUAAGAUUGUGCUCAUUUCUAUACUGUUGCCUUGGUGUGGAUGUGCAAGUGUGUGUAUGCAUAGGUGCUACUGUGAAACUAAAGCAACAAUUCUGAGCAUCUGAUCAUUGUCAAAUCCAGAUUUUAUAGCUCAAUAGCACAGACCUAAAAAGAAGAAAAAAAAACAUUCCAGGGGUUAUGGACAUUUAAUUAUAUAAUCUAAGCCAUUAAAAAAAAAAAAGGAAUCUACUCUGUUAUGAGUCUGUCUGUUAUAAUAUACUUUCAAAGAGAGAUGUGCAUCAUCAUUUUAACCAAUCAGGUAUGAGAGGCUCUCCAGGCUAGGGGUCCUUCGGCUCAACGUCUCUACUCAUUGUGAAUCGAGGACUGAUGUGAACGACUUGGGAAUUAACAUUUUAAUUAAAAAGUGUCACUUUCUGUGAUUAUGUCUACAGCACAGGCUUACUUCUGUUAAAUCAUACCCAC